AACGAUCGUGAUCCAACGCUCUCGUUCAAUUUUUCUCUUUUUGUUACUAUGCUUCUAAAAAAAAUAUACGUAUUAUUAAUCUAUAUUUUCUAACAAAUCUUGUAUGGUGUGUUCAAUAUCUGUCCGUAUUCGCGUUUAAAUAAGUACUACGCAUUUUUCUGCGGUUACGAUAUUAAUUGCGUAUUGUGGCAUACGUUGUGUAUAUAUGUAAUAUAUAUACAUAGUAUAUAUCAUUUUGUACGUAUGUACAUACGUAAUACUCAUACCCGUCGAUAUUACACGAAAAUUAACGAGAAGACUUCGUUAUACGAAUGAGUUCAAUCAUCUGUUCGUAGAAACGCAUCUCGCAAAUCGCACAUAGGACAUAUACAAGGACAUAUUCAAGCAGAAAUCGCAUACAUCUUCCCAAGGUUACAAUUUAAAAGACAAUCAUUAGAAAGUGCAUACAGUAACGGACAUACAACAUAUGUGUACAUACAUACGUUCCCUAGAGUAUAUAAUAAAAUAAUAUAUAAGGAAAGGCAAACAAGAAACGUGUUAACGUCGGAUUCCUUCUCUUUUGAUGCGCGUUUUCAGCCAUUAAAUACGAGACACCGCGAAGAUACCCGUGUUAACGAUGAGCGACGAUUUCGAUCUUUGUGAAUGUAUAUGGGCUAACGACUUGCUCAUGCAACGUCUACUUUCUAUCUUACGGCAAACACAAAAUUACUGUUCGGACAAUGAAUGUUUUAGCUUCUCAAGGCUGCCAGGACCGCUUCCUGUACAGCCGUCCACUAAUUUUUUCAUGACAUGUUUAUUCUUUGCAUUUAUUGUUUUAAUGUAUAUUAUCAGACCAAGAUCUCUUCGACGUGCAUCAUUGCGGAGCAAUGUUGUUAAAAAUCGAGACGAUAUAUCCGGCCCGAGCGAUGAUCCUCCAACACCACCACCUACAGGAAAUUAAAAACACAGAAAGAGUAGAUGUCUAGAGAAAUUUUGUUCUACUCUCAUAGUUGGAGUUAUCAAAUGGAAAGUAACAAUAUUGGAAGAGUAACUAUGAAUCAGAAGAAUCAUGAUCUGAGAUCUUUCUUUUUUUUGUUUCUUUUUUUAAUGCAAAUGUUAUAAAGAUUUAUAUUCAGUAUUAAUUAUCUAACGAUAUAAUACUAUAUUUUAUAUGGGAACGCAGUUUUAAUAGAACUAUAUUUUGUAUUCUAUCCCAUUUUUUUUUUCCAUUUCUUCCUACUAACAGCUCGUUCACACGACACCAAAUCGGUAUUUUAUUCUAAUUAAUUAAUUAGUUAUUUUACCAUCUUCUACAGUGACGCAUUUGUUAUACAUAUAUGUUAUGGCGCAUAUGGGGUAUUACAAUGUGUAUAGAAGUUAUGUAAAAUACUAGCACUAAUUAUGAUAAAUAUAAGGAAUCUCAAUGUUUAAAUAUUGUAUAACGCAAUUGUAUAGCAAUGGGUAUGGCGUAUUUAUAAUUAUUAUAAGAGAAUUAUUUUGUCAUGAAAAAUUUAUUAUGCAAAUUAUUCUUUUCAUUCCAAUUAUAUGGCAAAUGUAAAAAUGUACGAUGACUGAACAUAUUUUAAUAAAUACAUUUUUCUUCCUUAA